AUGUUUUCUGUGGAUCAACAAGAUCGAUCUAGCAGCGCUAGUGUUUUAACAACUUCUUCAAUGACUGCUUCUCAGUUUGAUUUACCCAUAGCAGCUAAAUUUUCGAAUAUAUUACCACGAAAUUUAUUAUAUACUGAUUUCCCAAUUGAACAUUUAGACAUGGGUUCUACUUGGUAUCGAAGAUAUUUCAUUGAAAAAGAUCAUUCGACAUUUGUCGGAUUUGUUGACCCUUAUGGACCUGUAGUUAUUUCAAUAGUACUCGAUAAUCGAACUGUAAAUGCAAAUUGUGAAAGUGUAUACUGGUAUAGAUAUAUUCUACGUAAAAAACAAUUACCUGAUGAAAGAGGAUUAUUGGCCGGUCCACCUAUUCUUCCUAUGGGUGAUUUACCAGCUGAAGAUUUAUUAAAAAUGAUUGUAAAAACUCCUAGAAAACCAUUAUUAAAGAAAUUUUUUACUACUCCUGAAUUAAAAAAUGAAUUAUUAAAUUUGGAUGAAACAAGAGAUCAG